AUGAAGCGUAGCGAAUGGCGCGUGAGGGCGCAUGCAGGAGGGAGCACGCCAGCUGCGGACGGAGCACCGGGAACAUCCGUAGCGGGGAAGGCGCUGUCGUGGCGGGAUAAGGAGGUGUACCGAACGUUUUGGAAGUACGGGCAGCACACGGUUGGGCUGCUGCAGGGUGUGCUGGCCACGCUCGACCUCAAGAUCAACCACAGAGUCGUUCAGGCCACCAAGCCUCUCAAGGAAUACCCCCCCAACAUCCACCGCGCUCUCAAGAGCCUGUUGGAGUACCGCCUACGCCAGCCGCCCAGGCCGUCCAGGGCACGCGACCCUGGCUCUCCGGGCCGCAAGCGGACGAGGCGGAUGCAGGGGCGGUGGCCGCGGCGGUUCAAGGAGAUCUGCUUCUUUCUGAGUGCGGCGGGGGUGCCGUGCCCUGCUGACUGGCAGCAGCAGGUGGAAGCGGCUACUGCUGCUGCUCUGGCCGCUGCUGCUGGUGCUGGUCGCCCCAGGGCUGUUGGGUAUGCUGCUGCCGCUGCUGCUGCUGCUGCUGCCGCUGCUAGUACUGCUGCUGGUGCUGGUGCUGCUGUUCGGCUUCCCGGUCAGCCGUUGCGUGGCAGGAAACGGAAGGCAGAGGGUGCUGUGGAGGGUGUGAGAGGGAGUGUGAGGAAGGGUGUGAGAGGAAGUGUUAGGGAGGGUGUGAGAGGUGGGCUGAGGGGGGGCAGGGGAAGGCGGAGUGGGGAAGAAAGACAGGAGGGGCGGGAUGGAGUUGGUGAUAGCUUGGCUGAUGAUGGAGUGGUUGAUGACAACGGUGGCAAUGGUGGUGGUGAUGAUGAUGAUGAUGAUGUUGGAGAGGUGGUGGAUGGGGAUGCUUCCUGCAAGGGUUCGAAGCGUUCCAAGAAGUCUCCAAAGGUGGCUGGUGGGAAUGCUGCACGUAAGCGUUUGAAAGGUUCUGCUCGUGGCAAGCCGACUGUGGCAGCUGAUGAGCCUGCGGGCAUGGCAGGGGGUGUAAGAGAUGUUGGAAUAUCAUCUGGCGUUUCCGCUGGUCGUGAGGACAGAGUGGCUGGGAUGGGCAGGUACAGGAGUGGUCGUCAAAGGGUGAAAGUGACGGAGGGAGGCGAGGAUGGGGAGAAAAUAGCUGCUGGCGGGGAUGGGGAGGGAAAGGCUGUUGAUGGGGAUGGGGAGGGGAAGACUGCUGGGGACAGGAAAGCCGUUGGUGGCGAUGGGAAGAAGAAAGCUGCUGGUGGCAGGAAAUCUGCAGGUGAGCGGGACUUCUGCAGCACGAAGGCAGGGAGGAGGAGCCGGGCGACCAUGCGCUGUUUGGAGCAGGCGACCAGGGAGAGACUGUGUGAGAUUGCCAAUCAGGCCGAGGAGGCGGAAGGGCAUGAGUUACCUGAAAUUCGGCCAGCAAUGAAGCGCAGCGAGUGGCGCGUGAGGCCGCAUUCAGAAGGGAGCACGCCAGCCGCGGACGGAGCACCCGGAAAUCCCGGAGCGGGGAAGGCACUGUCGUGGCAGGACGAUGAGGUGUAUCGAAUGUUCUGGAAGCACGGGCAGCACAUGAUGGGGCUGCUGCAGGGCUUUCUGGGCACGAUCGGCCUGAACGUCAACCGCCACAGAGUCGUGCAGGCCACCAAGCCAUUCGACGAAUACCCCCCCAACAUCCACCGUGCUCUCGAGAGCCUGAAGGAGUACCGCCGCCAGCAGCAGCUCAGGGCAAACGACGGCAUUGCUCCGGCGCGCAAGCGGAAGAGGAAACCGCAGGGGCGGUGGCCGCGGCGGUUCAAGGAAAUCUGCUUCUUUUUGGGUGAGGCAGGGGUGCCGUGCCCCUCUGACUGGCAGCAGCAGGUGGAAGCGGCUACUGCUGCUGCUCUGGCCGCUGCUGGCCCUCGCCGUCGCAGGGCUGCUAGGUCUGCUGUUGCCGCUGCUGGUGCUGCUGCUGGUGAUAGCUUGGCUGAUGACAGAAGGGUUGAUGCUGGUGAUGAUGGUGAUGGUGAUGAUGUUGGGGAGGUGGUUGAUGGGGAUGCUUCCUGCAAGGGUUUGAAGCGUUCCAAGGCGUCUCAAAAGGUGGCUGGUGGGGGUGCUGCGCGCAAGGGUUUGAAGAGUUCCGCCCGCGGCAAGCCGUCGGCAGCAGCUGAUAAGCCUGAGGGCAUGGCAGGGGAUGUGAGAGAGGUUGGUGUUUCCUCUGGUCGUGAGAACAGAGUGGCUGGGAAGGGCAGUCACAGGAGCAAUCAUCGCAUGGAGAAAAAGGCCGCUGACGGGGAAGAGGAGGGAAAGGCCGCUGGGGACAGGAAGGCUGCUGGUGGCGAUGGGGAAACGAAAGCCGCCGGGGGCGGGAAUGCCGCUGGUGGCGAUGGGAAGAGGAAGAAGGUUGCUGGUAAGCGGGAAUUUUGCAGCACGAAAGCAGGGAAGAGGAGCCGGGCCACCAUGCGCUGUCUGGAGCAGGCAACCAGGGAGCGGCUGUGUGAGAUAGGCAAGCAGGCAGAGGAGGCGAAUAGGCGUGCUGUGGAGGCCAAGAGGGCGUUGGUGGAUAAGUACUUGGGUAUUUUGAAAGAGAAGCUUGAACAGGGGGUGGAGGAGGAGAGAAGGAUGCUUGCCGAGGUGGCUGAGAGGGAGGAGGCUAAGCUGGCUCGCAUGGCUGGCUUGCUGUGA